GGAGCGGCGCAGGCGCGGUGCUGGCCGCCGCCGGUAUCCCAUCGGCCUGCGCGGGCGGCGGGACGCGGUGCUGGGGCGGCAGGCCGAGCAUGUCGGAGAAAAAGCAGCCGGUGGACCUGGGGCUCCUGGAGGAGGAUGAUGAGUUUGAGGAGUUCCCGGCAGAAGAUUGGACUGGUUUAGAUGAAGAUGAAGAUGCACAUGUCUGGGAAGACAAUUGGGAUGAUGACAAUGUAGAAGAUGAUUUCUCCAAUCAGUUAAGAGCUGAAUUAGAAAAACAUGGCUACAAGAUGGAAACCUCCUAAACUUUUUUUCUGGCUGAACAUGGGAGUGGUUUGGUAUUGAACUGUUGACAGACUCUACGGAGAAAAGAAGAGGUGGAAAAUGACAGAUUUAGUUCAUUGUCUGCUUGGAUUUAUUAUUGUUUUGUAUAAAAUAAAAAGGUUUUAAUUUUA